CAAACACGUCGGUUUGAUUGAAAAUGCAGUUCGAGCGUUUGCGGCGUUUCUUUUGUCCAACGGCUUUGGUGUUGAUUGUCGUGUGUCUUGUGUUGUUUUUUAUGCUUGAAGUUUAUCUGUUGGCUCUAGGUCCCACUGGACGUGACGUUGUGUUAUAUAUACAGCCUCCGUACCCAGAGAGAGUUACUGAAUACGAUGUUGGAUCUCGGAACCAGACGCGGGACAACCUGACAAUCGCUCAUCAACUGUAUCUAAAGCACAUUUUGCAAACGUGGGGAGCUCGAUGCAAUCGCAUGCACAUUAGCCAGGGAAGGCACUCGAUCGGAUCCAUCUAUCAAAUCAUCUACGCAGAGCAUUACCUGGAUCUCGAUUGGCUGAUCCAUGUUCACGUCGACAGCUAUGUGAUCAUGGAGAAUCUGCGAUACACUCUGGCCAAAUACAUGCCCACUGAGGAGAUUUACUUGAGAGCAUUUCAUGCUAUGUAUCCCUACGCUCAUGUUGGUCAAAAAAACUCCACGGAUUACGUGUUGAGUCGGGGCGCUUUGGAGCAGCUGCUCGCAAGGAGUUGCUUCUCAAAUGCAGGCUGGCAAGAUUGUCUGGAUAACAUGAAACAGGGACCAAGUGAGCUAUUGUUUCCAUUGCAAAUUCCGGGUGAAGUGCUUCCCUUCAAGUUGCGCUCUGAGUUUUGGAAUUGGCCAUACAUCCAUCGGGCAGUUUACACUGAGCAGGGUUUCAACAAACCUUUGAAGUAUCCAAUUGCCUUUCCUUACACCACUGCGAAUCAGUUGCAUGUUCUUGAGUAUUUGCUAUAUCAUCUGCGACCCUAUGGACACGUCAAUGGAAUGCCAGCUUUACCAGAAGGAUCAGCAGUGCAACUUCCAGCUGUAGUUGUGGAUGACAGUGUGGCCAGAGAACUCUACAGUGAGGUACGCAUUAUCUGCAUGGUGUUGACCUAUCCCCACAUGUACGAGAAGGUAGCAAGAACCAUCAGACAAACCUGGGGACGUCGAUGCAAUAAACUAAUCAUUUUUAGCAGUCGCAAUCAAACGAACCUGGAUGGAGUGCACACAGUGGCCCUAAAUGUCAGCGAGGGCUAUAGUCUAUUGUGGGGCAAGACGAAGGCAGCCUUCAGACAUGUCUACAGGCAUCAUCGCAAUGAGGCGGACUGGUUCUUCAAGGCCGACGACGAUACUUAUGCCAUUAUAGAUAAUAUGCGCUACAUGCUGCAUUCCCAUCAUAAAGAAGAGCCCAUAUACUUUGGCUGCCACUUUCAUCCCGAUAAAGAUGAGAACUAUAUGUCAGGAGGUGCAGGUUACGUACUCAGCAAAGAGGCACUACGUCGGCUCAUUGAGCAUGGUCUACAUUCGAGUGGCUGCAAUCGUCAGCAGUCGGGCACUGAGGACUUUGAAAUGGGUGUUUGCCUUAACUACUGUGGCAUAACUCCCGCAGAUUCCAGAGAUUCUUAUGGUCGC